AUGGUACCAGUCACCUGUAACAUCAGUGUGUUUGAAGCUUGCCACAAGGUCAUUGACUACACUCCAUUUGUUACGGCCUGCAAGUUUGACAUGUGCCACAUGCACAUUAAUCACAUUGGUUGCACUAGUAUACAAACCUAUGCUGACGCCUGUGCUGAAACUGGAAUAUGUAUCGACUGGAGGAGUGCCACCAAAGGACUCUGCAAAUAUAAAUGUCCAAGUCCCAAGGUGUAUGAGGCCUGUGGCCCUCUGGUGGAGCCUACCUGUGAUUCCUGGUACAACCACAAAUUCAUCUACACUGUCAAUGAGUUCAGUGCCAUGACAAAUGUGAAGCUGGAGGGUUGCUACUGCCCACCUGGCACCAUCCUCCUCUCUUCCAACUCAGAUGAAUGUGUGCCCAGCUGUGAACUUUGUCGGCUGCCAAACGGAAAAUGGAAAAAGGCCAAUGACACAUGGACAGAGGGCUGCGAGGAGUGUAUAUGUAAGGAGGACACACUGCAGGUCAGCUGCCGUAACAUGUCCUGUCCAACACAGCCACCACUGAUCUGUGACCAAGAAGGUCAAGUCAAGAUCACUGAGAGUGUUGACUGCUGUCAAAAGGAGAAGUGUGGUAAGUGA